AUGGAGCCGCCAGUCAAAGACAACCCCGCGGAAGAGGCUGUCGCCAUUUCCCACCCCGCUGCAAUGAAAAAUCUUACGGAUGGAGAUGAUUCGGCUUCAAUCACAUUGAAGAAGGUGGUUCGUGAGUUUCUUGCAGCAAAAGAAAAACACUUCCAUGCAGAGUAUUUUUGGUUUCUUUCUGCAGAUGAAGACUUGUCCAUGGAUAUGGGUGAAAGGGGUCUCAAAAGGAAAGCUGAAGAGGAAGUAUCUAAUUGUAACACAUCAAAGUGGAUCAAGAGUGAAUAA